GUCGGUCUGUUCAGUGUCGGCUGGCUCAGUCCUCAUCUUGCUCCGUUCCCACUCCGAUUCUGGUCCAGAUCCUGACCUCGAUCUCGAUCUCGAUUGCCGCAUUUUGACGCUUCGGCAGCACCGCACAUCCCGAGUCAAGAACAAGCACCACGAAAGGGCCAGGAAGGCAUUGUUGCAUACCAUCAUCCAGCUCUGUCAGUCCAGCAUAUCACACCCAAGCAAUGAAAGUCGUAGCCCUCGUCAGCGGCGGCAAGGACAGCUGCUUCAACAUGAUGCACUGCGUCGCCAACGGCCAUGAGAUCGUCGCCUUGGCGAACCUGCUUCCUCCAGAACACAAGGGAAAAGACGAGCUGGACAGCUUCAUGUUUCAGACGGUCGGCCACGAUGCCAUCGGCCUGUAUGCCGACUGCAUGGGCUUGCCGAUGUUCCGGAAAGAAAUCAAGCGAUCGUCUGUUGUCCAGGACGCAAACUAUGUCCCAAACGACCAAGAUGAGGUUGAGGACCUUCUGGAGCUUCUUUCCGAAGUCAAGAGCGCUGUUCCACAGGUCGAAGCUGUUGCUGUCGGCGCUAUCCUGUCGAGCUACCAGCGAGUCCGGGUCGAGAAUGUCUGCCAGCGACUGGGACUGACGUCCCUGGCGUACCUGUGGAGACGAGACCAAGCCAAGCUCAUGGAGGAGAUGAUCGAGAGCGGGCUGCAUGCCGUCAUCAUCAAAGUCGCAGCCAUGGGUUUGAGCGAGAAGCACUUGGGGCAGAGCCUUCAGCAAAUCCACCCACAUUUGGUCAGAAUGAAUCAACUCUACGACUGCCACAUUUGUGGCGAGGGCGGUGAAUACGAAACUCUCACUCUCGACUGUCCCCUGUUCAAGAAGCGGAUUGUCCUGGACUCGACCGAGGUCGUUGUCCACUCGGACGACGCACUUGCCAUUGUCGCUUAUCUCAAGAUCAAGGCCGCGCAUGUUGUUGACAAAGAGGGCCAUUCGGCCGAGCUGUCCGAGGAGCUCAAGCAGCGGCUCAUCCGGGCUGUUCCAACUUCGAUAGAAUUGCCGGCCGAGUUGCUGUCCAAGUCACAGGACGCCCUGCUCAGCGACAGCGAGGGUCCCCAAAGGCCUGAGCUCGUCGUCAAGACUGGCCCGCCCAUCAGCGAGCGUCGUCAAGGAUCGUUCUACAGUCUCUCAGGCGUGACUGCUCUGGCCGUUGACCCGGGGAGUGUCGGCGGUCUCGAGGAGCAGGCACUCUGCAUUAUGAAUCACAUCCAAGACAAGCUCGGCGCGCAGGGCAUGUCGUGGGGCGAUGUCCUGAUCAUCCAUGUCUACGUGCGCGAUAUGGACGACUUUGCCAAGCUCAACUCGGUAUACGGCACAUUCUUCACGAUCAAUCCCCCGACACGGGUUACUGUCGAAGCCCCGUUACCGAGGCCUAUUCUGGCACAGAUCGAUUGCCUUGCAUUCCGUGAUCCCGGCGGCUCCAGGAGAAAGGAAACGCUCCAUGUCCAAGGCAUUUCGUACUGGGCUCCUGCCAACAUUGGCCCUUAUAGCCAGGCAGCCAUGAUCAUGGACCAGAUCAUCCUCGCGGGCCAGAUUCCUCUCAUCGGCGCCUCGAUGACAAUGCCGAACCCAUAUCAUUCUGGAGUCACCACCGAAACCCUUCAGUCCGAGUUCUUGAUCUCGCUACUCAACGUAUCCUCGGUGCUCUCGGCAGUCCUGAACCUCGUGCAGACCGAGGACGACACUGCUGCCGUGAGCCAUCCAUGGCUGGAAUGGCGCCGCAAUGUGAUCGGUGGCGUCUGCUACUGUGUCAGCCAGGCGGCACUGGUAUUCGCCCGGGAUGUCUGGAAUCACACGCUGGAGCGCGAAGGUAUCGCUCCGCUGCCCGUUCUGUUUGUCAACGUCACCCGCCUGCCGCGGAAUGCCCACAUCGAGUGGCAGCUCUUUGCUCACAAUCCCAACAUCGCAUACGGGCGAUGUCUCGAGAGUAUCAGCCAUAUCGAUACCACGGAGCUCCUUCGGACAGCCGAGUACGAUUCCGACGACGACCACGACAAGGACGACACCAUCCGGAGCAAGCUGCCAAAGCCCGACACAAAUACCCGUGCGAGCGCUGUCAACGAUGGGACGCCGACGGGAUGGAGUGUCCACCAACGCCAGCUUGGCACCACGUCUGCAAUCGUUGGACUGAUUCGCAAUGGAAACAAGAGCGGCGAUCCACAGGUCUCGUUGGCUGAGCUGUGCAAGGCUGCGAUCACCGAAAUGCACAAGCUGGCCUUCCCAGCUGGAAGCAAGCCCGACAACACCCACGCCGCCCUGCGCGUGUUUUACGUGUGCUCGCUGGAUCCUGCUGAUGUCUUUGCAGGAUUCGUUGGUUGUGAAUGCUCCACCACGUUUGUGCCCGUUUUCAGCCUCGAAGACGAUGCCUCGGUCGGCAUCUACAUGGACUGUCGCGAAUACUAGACUCGACAGCGCGAAUCGGGCAGUCUGUCCAUCAUGGCCACAUCUAUCCGCCGCAUGAGACAAUAGACCUGUGCCCCUGAUCCUGCUGCCAAGUUUGUGCGUCAUGCAGAAUGGCGAUGGGUGAAUCGCUUCGACUGUCGCCAGAGUCCGCGACGAGCUAUCCUGCAGGUCUACCGCCGCCGAGCCCAUCACCGCUGCGUCCUUGACCAGCACACUCUCGAUCA